AUGCAUCUUACAGAUAUCUGCAACAACCAGUACAUGGGUAAGGGUUAUUUGCCUGUGUUGUUGGUGUUGUAUGCUGAGUCUCCAGCAGGUGCUAGUGAAGUUGAAGCAAUGCAUCUUACAGACAUCUGCAACAACCAGUACAUGGGGUUUUGGCACUACAGUGUGAAGGAAGGUGUCUUCUCUGCCAGGAUUGCUGGUCUUUUGUCAAUCUUCUGCUUUCUGUUGAUACUUUUUGCCACACUGUUAUUCGUUUUCUUCAGGCAAAAGACACAGAUAAUGAAUAAAAGAAGCGAACAUGUUAAGCCAAUGAAAAAGACAUCAAGAAGCAGUGAAGAUAGUUGCGAUGUUCCACCUUUUGACGGGGACGAAUAUGAGAUUCCCAAGGACAGUUUGCUGAUCUGUGACAUGAUUGGAGAAGGUGCUUUCGGUGUUGUACAUAAAGGCUUGCUCAGCAGACCUUCAGGGGCUCCUCUGGAAGUAGCAGUCAAAAUGUUACGAGCCAACCCGACAGCAGAGGAGUGCCGUCAGUUCCAGAAGGAGAUAGCAGUGAUGAAGACUGUGGGAAGACACAAACAUAUUGUCUCUCUGAUUGGCUGCUGCACCCAGUCUUGUCGUCUGCUGCUCAUUGUGGAGUUCUGCGCCCUGGGAGACCUUCAGAAUUAUCUGAGACAAGAAUGGAAGAAACAGACAGAGAACAAUCCUACAGAAGUGUACACUGUAGGGAAUAUUCAGUACGCUGAUAUCAUUACAGUGCAAAGCAAUGGGAGUUAUGCCAGACCGAUAACCUUAGACAGAACCAGCUCUCCUGGUGUGGUAUCAAAUGCCUUGUACGACUUUCAUAUCAGAAAUAAGGAACAUGAAAGAAAAAACUUGUCUGAACAUUUACUAUCAUUCGCUCGUCAGAUUGCUGUUGGCAUGGAGUACCUGGCCAGCAACAGAGUUGUCCACAGAGAUCUGGCAGCUCGCAAUGUCUUGGUCUGCCAUGACCAGUCCGUCAAGAUCUCUGACUUUGGACUCAGCAGAGACGUUUACGAGCAGAACAUUUACUGCAAGAAGAGUUCAGAGAAACUUCCAGUCAAGUGGAUGGCGUUAGAGUCACUACUACAUCAGAUAUACACCACCCAGAGUGACGUUUGGUCGUUUGGGGUAUUACUGUGGGAGAUAGUGACUCUGGGAGGCAACCCUUAUCCUUCCACUCCGACCAAUCACAUGUUCCGAUUGCUGAAACACGGCUUUCGCAUGGAACAGCCACCGACAUGCAGCAAUGAGCUGUAUGCCAUCAUGCUAUCCUGCUGGAAGGAGAAGCCAAGUGAUCGGCCGACGUUUGCCUCUCUAGUACGACAAUUGACUGAGCUACUAGAGGCAGCGUCUCCUCAUCAGUAUCUAGAUCUCAGUCAGCUCAGUGGUAGCUGGGGUCCCAGGGGUGACAGUGAGAGAGACAACACGUGACUAUCUUGUCAAGUUUGGAACACUUCGACCAGACUUCCCCUCGCCCCGGUUACAUGAUGUUUUACCUUCAAUAAAUAGUUCCUUUUUGUCUUAAA